AUGACAACAGCACUUUCUCCUAACGACUAUUAUAAGAAAAAUAUCUUUUGUUCUUUUGCUUUUCUUUUCUUUUUGUUUUUCUUAAUUUCUUUCUUUUUUCUUUUAUUUUCUUUUUUCCAUCUUUAUUUUUCUUUCUUUUUUUUCUAUCUUUCUUUAUUUUUCUUUCUUUUUUCCAUCUUUCUUUAUUCUUCUUUCUUUUUUCCAUCUUUCUUUAUUUUUCUUUCUUUUUUCCAUCUUUCUUUAUUCUUCUUUCUUUUUUCCAUCUUUCUUUAUUUUUCUUACUUUUUUCCAUCUUUCUUUAUUCUUCUUUCUUUUUUCCAUCUUUCUUUAUUUUUCUUUCUUUUUUCCAUCUUUCUUUAUUUUUCUUUCUUUUUUCCAUCUUUCUUUAUUCUUCUUUCUUUUUUCCAUCUUUCUUUAUUUUUCUUUUUUUUUCCAUCUUUCUUUAUUCUUUUCUUUUUUUCUUUCUUUCAUUUUUAUUUUAUUUUUUUUUUUCCAUCUUUCUUUAUUUUUCUUUUUUUCCAUCUUUCUUUAUUUUCUUUCUUUUUCCAUCUUUCUUUAUUCUUCUUUCUUUUUCCAUCUUUCUUUUUUUAUUUUCUUUCUUUUUUCCAUCUUUCUUUUUUUUUUCUUUUUUUUUCCAUCUUUCUUUAUUUUUCUUUUUUUUUCCAUCUUUCUUUAUUUUUCUUUCUUUUUUCCAUCUUUCUUUAUUUUUCUUUCUUUUUUCCAUCUUUCUUUAUUUUUCUUUCUUUUUUCCAUCUUUCUUUAUUUUUCUUUCUUUUUUUCCAUCUUUUCUUUAUUUUUCUUUCUUUUUUCCAUCUUUCUUUUUUUUUUUCUUUUUUUUCCAUCUUUCUUUAUUUUUCUUACUUUUUUCCAUCUUUCUUUAUUUUUCUUUCUUUUUUCCAUCUUUCUUUAUUUUUCUUUCUUUUUUCCAUCUUUCUUUAUUCUUCUUUCUUUUUUCCAUCUUUCUUUUAUUUUCUUUCUUUUUUCCAUCUUUCAUUAUUUUUCUUUCUUUUUUCCAUCUUUCUUUAUUUUUCUCUUUUUCCAGAUUUAUUAUUGUACCAUUUUUCACUCUUUCUUAUUUUAUCUCUCCUUCAAAUUUUUAUUUUCCUUUUCUUUUUCUUACUUCAACUUUUUCAUCUCUUCCUAUUACUUUUUCUUUCUCUUUCUUCUUUCUUUAACAUUUCUCUUUCACCCCUUUCUUUCUUCUUUUUCUUUUUGUCCUUUCUUUAUUUUUUCUUUUCUUCCUCUUUCUUUCUUCUUUCUAUUCUUCCCCUUUCUUUUUUCUUUCUCUUUCCUCUUUUCUUUCCGGCUGUUUUUCUUGCUUUUCGCUUUCUUUCUCUCUCUUUUUUUCUUUUAUUUUCUUUCUUUUUUUCUUUUUUCCUUUUCUUUUAUCUUUUUUUGCUUUUUCUUUAUUUUUCCUUGCUUUUCAUUUAUCUUACCCUUUCUUUUUUUCUUUCUUCUCUUUUUCUUUCCUCUUUCUUCUUUUUCCUUUCUUUUCCUUUAUUUCUGUUCCAUUCUCCUCCUCCUCCUCCACUUUUCUAUUUUUUUUCAUACAAUCCUCUCCACAUUUAUAGCCCUUCAAAUAAUCCUUCUAACUUAAUCAUCAGAUUCAAAUACAAUCCAACCCAUCCUCAACCUUCUCCUUCAAAUGACCCAAACCUUAUUGAUUCAAGCCCACCCACACCUCAUCCCUGUAUGGUAUAUAACACUAUCUAUCUAUCUAUCUAUCUAUCUAUCUAUCUAUCUAUCUAUCUAUCUAUCUAUCUAUCAUAA